AAUUCACAAGCUUCCUCAGUUCAUUCUCAUCAGCUUGCUCUCCCACAUUUCUCCCAUACUUUUCUGUCCAAAACUUAGAUUAAUUUCCUCAAGUUUCUACCACAUUGACUUAAUCUUCAAUAUUCUAGUGAAAAAGAUAGUGAAGGAGUCUUCUUGAGUUGUGGUCUCAUCAAUGGAUCGAGUGCUGGCAUUAGCUUCAGAGGCGCCAGUGGUAAUCUUCAGUCAGAGCUCUUGUUGCAUGUGCCACACUGUCAAGACUCUCUUCUAUGACUAUGGGGUCAACCCCGCCAUUUAUGAGCUUGAUUUGGACCCACGAGGAAGGGAAAUAGAGAGAGCUCUCCUGAAGCUAGGAUGUAACCCAUCUGUACCUGCUGUGUUCAUUGGUGGUAGACUGGUUGGUGGAGCCAGGGAGGUUAUGAUCCAUCAACUUAACAUCUCUCCAACUCUGAGGAAUUUGCUCAUUGGAGCCGGAGCAAUCCAUCUCUAACAAGCUAGUAGUUCUCAUCAGCAAGCUCUGAUACCAUGUUAUCUUACUAUGAAUAAGCUCAUCUCAGUUAUGUAUGCUACAUUUAAGGGCUUUGUAGUUUAUAGAGACUCCUGUCUUAACUAAUUAUUAGGCUAACUUGUUCUUGUGUUUUGAAUGUACCUCCCUUUUGUGUAUUGUUAAUUAAUAA